CUGGAAGGGACUGUCAUGCAAAUUCGCUUCCUAGUACCAGGGGAGAUCAGCCAUACACAAGACGCAUGUGAGAAGGUGCCAGAGACAGUUUAAUACUUGGGCUUCUCAUAAUUUAAUUCCAGUUAAAUCAAUUUGGCUUAUUGUGACUUACGACAAAAUAAGGUUUGAGUAUAUCCAGGCCAGGGUGAAGAACAGCUGCAUUCAAACAGACCAGAUUCCUGGGAUCAGGACGAGCAGGAGAUCGGGAGGAAGCACCCUCAAAUCGGAGUAACAUAACGGUGCUGGGGGCAGGAUGGAGGAUGACUCCAGCAGACAUGGGGAAUGUCCCAGCCCGAUCAGUGGGAAUAAUGGAGGUGGGGAGGAGAUCGGUGAUGAGGUCACUCAACAUCUACACUUUGAUGUCAAGGAGGAAGACCGAGACAUGGUGAAGAACAGCACGGAGAAGCAACAACCACUGCAAGCUCUGGACACUGAGGCUCAAGAGACUGAGGAGUGUUCCUCGGACACACACCUGUACAGAGUGAGCAGGUUCUGCUGCCAGCGCCUCCUCGGGGUGGUGGACGAGUUUGUGGAGCGAUUCACCUCUGCACCACUGGAGGAAGCUUUGUUUUACAGACAGGAGCAGGAGGGAGUCGAGCAAACAGCGGAGGUGGGAGAGAGGAAGGAACCAUCAAGCCAUCUCCUGAAGAGGUUGACGGAGAGGGACAAGCCGCUCGGUGAAACCAUGGCGCAUUUCUUGGCGAGACUGCGCGAUGUCAAGCAGGAGAUUCGGGACAUCCUGAAGGACCUGAGCGACAGGGAAGAGUCCGGGGGACCUGCCCAUCCACUCAGCAGCAGCCAGGUGGACGGUGUCGCGGAGGGGAGGGAGGGGCAGCAGAUCGGAAACAGGCGGUCCAUCAGGAGCAAGAUGCGGCUCUUGGACACCCUGUAUUUCAUGUGCGAGACCAGCAAUGCCAACCUGCUGCAGAUGAGUCGGGUCAGCCUGGGUGACUGCCGGGACCCGGGCAGCACACUGAGACUGUGCCCCCUUGACUGUUCCAUGCUGGUGGGCGCCCUCACGCCGCUGGGGAUCAUCGAGGAAGUUAACCUCAGCCACUGCUGCAUCGGGCCUGAGGGCCUCCAGCAGCUCUCUUCCAUCUUACACCGCUGCAAAUCCCUCAGGCUCAGUUGGAAUAAUCUGGGAGAUUCAGGAGUGAAGAUAUUGUGCUCCUCGCUGCGGGAAUCCCUCUGUGAAAUCCAGGAGCUGUGGGUGGAUAACAAUGGCCUCACGGGUGUCGGAACCAAGAACCUGGCCUACGCCAUAGCUAAGAAUCAGUCUGUGCUGCUGCUGAGCCUGAGUUACAACAGGGUUGAAGAGGCCACGAUGAAGCUGUUGUGCGAUGCUCUGAGGAGACGAAGCUGUACCAUUCAGCACUUACAACUGAGCGGCACAGGUAUCACCAGCGCAUACUGCAGGCAGCUGGCCUGGGCACUCUCCACUAACCGGUCACUCACCGUGCUGGACCUGGACAACAACCAUCUGGGGGAUUCGGGGGUCUCCCUCUUGUGUGGAGCGUUGAUGAAGCCGGAUUGCAAGAUACAAAAUCUCAGGCUGAGCAGUAACAGGCUGACCGCUCUCUGCACGCUGGAACUGACUCGCGUACUCAGCACGAACCGCUCCCUCCGACGGCUGAGUGUGAGCUACAACCGGCUGGGCACCCCAGGGUUGAGGAGGCUGUCGGCGGCGCUGAAGGCACCGGCCUGCCCGUUACAGAAGCUGGAGCUGGAUGACAACGGUCUCCGAGAUGCCUGUGCUGAGGAGCUGGCCAUAUCUCUCAGCAGAAAUCGGUGGCUGAAGGGACUCUACUUGAACAGGAACUGCUUCACUGACCAGUCCAUCCCCGCCUUCCAACAGCUCGCUGAAAGCUGCAUAAGUCUGAAGUACAUCUGGUUGUGCAGAAAUCAGUUCAGCGCAGAGGGCCAGAGCAAGCUACAAUCGCUAGAGGAAUCUGCCCAUCGAGUGACUAUUUUUGUGUGAAUCGAGGUGGGGGGGGUAAUGUCUUUUCCCAAUAAACACUGACCCUGUACUGUG